AUGGUCAUUUCUGUCCUCUCCACAGGUCUAUUAGGCUUGAAUAUGUCUGAAGAAAACAGAGUGACUGAAUUCAUCCUUCUGAGUUUUCCAUGCCCCAGAGAGAUGCAGAUCUUACUCUUUGGAGUGUUCACUCUGACCUAUGCCCUGACCCUGGGGAAUGGAUCCAUCAUUUGUGCAGUAAAGUUAGAUCAACACCUCCACUCUCCUAUGUAUAUUUUACUAGCCCACUUUUCCUUCUUGGAGAUCUGUUAUGUUAACACCACAGUUCCUAAUAUGUUGGCAAAUUUCCUUUCUGAGACCAAGACGAUUUCCUUCACUGCUUGCUUCCUCCAGUUCUACUUUUUCUUUUCUACAGGUGUCACAGAGCCAUUCUUCUUAUCUCUCAUGGCUUUUGAUAGAUACCUAGCCAUUUGUCAGCCUCUGCAUUACCCCACAAUUAUGACUGGACGUUUUUGUAUCAAACUAGUGCUUUUUUGCUGGGUAACUGGCUUUCUCUGCUUCCCCAUCCCUAUCUAUUUUAUGUCUCAAUUGCCCUUCUGUGGCCCAAAUGUCAUCGAUCACUUUAUCUGUGAUCCAGGGCCCCUGAUUUCUUUGAUAUGCAUCCAUGCUCCAGUAAUUGAGCUUUCUUUUUCAAUUAUACCCUCUCUUGCCAUCUUCCUCACUUUCCCUUUCAUUCUUGGAUCCUAUACUCUGGUAUUCAGAGCUGUAUUACGAGUCCCUUCAGCAGCUGGAAGGAAAAAGGCUUUUUCCACUUGUGGGUCCCAUCUGACUGUGGUCUCUCUGUUCUUUGGAACUGUCUUGGUCAUGUAUAUCACACCCACAUCAGGACAUAUAACCACAACACAAAAGAUUAUCACCUUGUUUUACUCAGUGUUUACCCCACUUGUGAAUCCUCUGAUUUACAGCCUUAGGAACAAAGAGAUGAAGUCUGCCUUAAGAAAAGUACAGAUGAGCAUGAAAAUUCUAAAUAAAUGA